GCGUACGUUGUUUUCGACACUUUGAACGAGGCGCAACUGCUCCUGUCUGGUUUCUUUUUAGGUUACGAUCUGUGUUGCCGUGGACUGGAUUUGAAUAUUUCCAGCUAAAGACAUGACAAACUUACGGAAAGUGGAGGCCCCCAAAGUGGCAAAGGCCGUCGCUGCGCUGACGAAAAAAGUGCAAUCCGUCAGAAGACCCACCAAAAGGUACGGCCGAUUGUACGCCACCGCUGUAUUUACAGGCUACAAGCGCGGUCUCCGCAACCAACACGAGAACACCGCGCUUCUUAAAGUCGGUGGGGCCAGCACGAAGGAAGACAGCUGGUUCUAUGUGGGCAAGAAGUGCGUCGCCAUUUAUUCCGCCAAAAACAAGACUUGUGUACCUGGCAAGCCCAAGUCGGUCAAGUCGCACAAGCGCGCCAUUUGGGGCAAAAUCACUCGCCCCCAUGGAACUAGCGGCGCUUUGCGAGCGAAGUUCGUUAGGAAUUUGCCCGGAAACUUUAUCGGCAAAAGGAUCCGAAUUAUGUUGUACCCUUCCAGGAUAUAGAAAUGGAAUGAUAAUAAAAUAAAUUAAGUCUAAAA